AUGCCGAGGAAAGUCUGCUCAAGCUACGAUGAUCAGUGCGCUCAACUUGUUACUCCCGCCGGAAAGACAGUUCGUGGAUGUUAUCAGGAAAUAUUGACCACUUGCUCAAGUCACAACUGUGAAAUCUUUCAAACUUGCACACCUAAUAAUUGCAACGGCAAACUUUUCCCACCCAAUCGACUUUUCUGCUAUCAAUGCAGCGACGGCACAAAUUGCCCCGAAAACAUGAUUCUGCAUCAAUCGCUUUCGCAAGUUUGUGGAAAUUAUGAGCGCAGUGAUCAAUGCUUUGCCGUGACCGAUUACAAUAUCGUCCAUCGCGGCUGUGUGUCUGACAAGACAGAGGCAAAAGACACUUGCGACAGACUCGGAAGCAAGUGUCUCAAGUGCUCUGAAAGCAACUGCAAUUCCGCCUCGUCUGGGAUUGAGGGCAGAAAGCUUCAGUGUCACGAAUGCUUCGGAAGUAUCAAGACCAGCGAUUGUGCGGCUUAUCAGGGAAGUAAUAGCAGAAUUUGGUGUGACUUGUAUCCCACAUUUGGUGUGCGGCAAAAAUGCUACACGAGCGUCGCAAAUGGCAUUAUUCGGCGAGGAUGCACAAGUGAUAAUUACUGCAAGUCGCAUGAUUGCGAAGAGUGCAGUUUUGACAACUGCAACAAUCGAAACAAGGCUCAAAUGAGUUGCUAUCAGUGCAAUAGCUUGGAGGGAACUUAUCAAUAUCACAAAGGAUGCAUAGACUUGAAGGACUUGCAGCCUCGCUCCUGUCGACUUCGCUUCGACUUCGAUAUAACACAUCGAGGAUGCUACAGUGCUUGGAUAAAUGCAACAGUGAAUGGAAAAGUCGUGGCGUUCAUCGAAAGGGCCUGCAUUGACAGGGAAAUGGAAGGAAAAGCUGCAUGCGAGGAUGAUGACAAUGAUUCCUGCAUCGCCUGCAAGGAUGACAAUUGCAACAAUCACGACGUCAGCAUGAGCAAGAGAAUCACGCUAAACAUCAGUGUUUUCAUCACAUUCACGCUCUUCAUCCACAUAAUUAAAUUUAAGCAAUUAAUUUAA